UUGUUGGCACAACUGUCUGUACUGUCAGUGCUCUGAAAAUGAGCCUCAUGACAGCAUUUCACUGCUCACAGAACCCUGUGUAAACUGUGUAAAUGACAAACUAACUCCAUCUUGGCAACAUAUUACAAAAAGAUUUCAGAACAAACUGCACAUUUUAGAAACAAAACAUUACUGGCUAGUGUGCACUAGGCCAUGUGCAGUUAUACAAUUAUAUUAAAGAAUAAAUACAUUGAAUAUAUGUCUCUGCAACAUCAUGAACUAAAGUUUGUUUUUGUUUUUUUAUCAGCCAUUGUUGACUUUUGCAAUGUUUUUGAACCUCACCUUCAGUCGCGUAAGCAGAAGCGUCAUGAAUCAGAAGUCGCGCGCUACUUCAUAGAGAGAGAGAGAGAGAGAGAGAGAGAGAGAGAGAGAGAGAGAGAGAGAGAGAGAGAGAGAGAAUUUCUCUGCGUUGUACAGGUUAUGAAUAUUUGUUGCUGAAACUUGAAUUGAGCGGAAGAAAGGAAAACAUCUAGGCUACUUUCGUUGUCGCGUUUUUGUUUUCUCCUCACACGAGACAACUAGACUUUCUCAAGCGACUGGCAUAUAAUCCAAAGAAACCGGCGAUUUAUAUCUUUAUAUAGUAUUCUGCAGAAAAACAAUGGCUUUUAUGUUUAAACACAUGAUAGGGGGACAGCUGAAGGAUCUUACCGGGGGUCUUGGAGAAGAAAAACCAGAAGGAGAAAAGUCAGAAGCUGCAGCAAAAGGAAUGACACACGAAGAGUUCGAACAAUAUCAAGAACAGUUGGCGGAGGAGAAGAUUGAGCGAGAUGCCAGUUUUGCCCAGAAGAAGGCUGAACGGGCCACGGUCAGAAGCCACUUCAGGGAAAAAUAUCGUCUUCCAAAAAGUGAACUGGACGACACGCAAAUUCAGGCUGCGGCAGAUGACGUGGAGUUGCCCACAGAACUGGCCAAGAUGAUCGCUGAAGACAACCAGGAGGAGGAGCAAAAGCAGUCUGUCCUGGGUCAGCUGACCAACAUUCAGAACGUAGAUAUUGAUCAGAUAAAAGAGAAGGCCCAGUCCGCCCUUGAAGACAUUAGACAGUCGGCUGAAAAGUGUGAUGUUAUGUAAUCCAGGCAGAGCUGGACUGCUGAUUGCGGAUCGGAUGUUUCCUCGGCUCCGAUGACUUCAGGGAGAAUAUAGGGAAUAAAUCAGAUCCAUAAACAGCAUGCCUAUAAUGAGAUUCUUUGUAAAAUACAAGCUCCUACCCAAAGCCAAGCAAUCAUAUAUACAUUUGAAGUGUUUGUUGAUAUUGCAAAUAAUGUGUGCCACACUGUAUACGUUAUGCUUUGUCAUAAUAGUGGCUUAAGGCAAUAAUUAUCAGUUAACAUCUUUCUACUUGUUGUUAUUUAGUGCUUAAAAUAUGUUGUAUUUGUUUAUAUGUGAUUGACUAUUCUACAUCUACUUUAAAUGAGCCAGAAAAUGUUACAGUAUUCCGGUCUGCUGAAUACAUAUUACUAAAAAGUAUAAAAUACGAAACUGCUUAAAUUAUACUAUUAAAAUAUGUAUUUGCACCUUUUUAUGUACUCAGUCAGUAUUUCGAUGUAUUUAUGUGAAGUGUGUAGAUAAAAUAUUAAUUGUUGUUUUUUAGGUGAAAGAGAAUCUAAAUAUAAACUUGUAAAGUCAUAUUUAAAUGUAUUUUUUAUUUAUUUAUUUAUUGUCAGUCAGGGUUAUUGUAGUUAAAGUUUU